CUCGUCCCUUGAACUUGUCUCCCCUUACCGGGAAGUCCACUUGACGAUCAUGCCAGGAUUCGAACUACCUGAGCCUUCUGCGCCCGUCACACUCGCCAUCAUAGGAUGUGGGCAGCGAGGUCGCCAGGCUUACGCCCCUUACGCACUCGCCGAACCUCGCAAAUGUAAAGUGGUCGCCAUUGCCGAGCCCCGUCCCAAGACUCGUGCCCUCAUGGCCUCCGAGCACCGAGUCGACUCCACCCUCGUCUUCAACGACUGGAAAGGCUUCUACGACGCCUCCGCCGAGACAAUCAAGACGCUCGGUAAACGUCUCGCCACUGCGGUUUUAAUCACCGUGCAGGAUGAGAUGCAUGCGGAGCUGGUCGAGGCGUUCGCUGGGCAGGGAUAUCAUAUUCUGUGCGAGAAGCCGAUGGCGACGAACGUUGAGGAUUGUAUCAGGAUGGAGAGAGCGGUCAAAAAGGCGGGGAUUAUCUUUGGGAUGGGACAUGUGUUGAGGUACUCGCCGUAUAGCCAAGCUGUCACGGAGAUCGUUCGCUCUGGCACCCUCGGUCAGCUCAUCAACGUCGUGCACGUCGAACCUAUAGGGCAUUACCAUUACGCCCACUCUUAUGUGCGAGGUAACUGGUCGCAAGAAGCCAAGUCCUCUUUCUCGCUCAUGACCAAGAGUUGCCACGAUAUCGACAUCUUGGCCAGUUGGCUCUAUCCCGCCCAACCCACCAAGGUCUCAUCGUUCGGAGGUCUUCAACACUUCCGAAAAUCUGGCAAGCCAGCCGAAGCCGGUGAUGCCAAACGCUGCCUAGACUGCAAAGCCGAGAAACAAUGUCCCUACAGUGCCAAGAAGAUCUACCUCGACCCGAUCACCACGUCAGGCUACCAAGGCUGGCCCGCAUCCGUAAUCGUUGACGGUCUCCCCGACAUCGAGAACAUAUCCGACGCGCUCAAAAACGGUCCUUACGGCCAAUGCGUCUACGAAUCCGCCAACGACGUCUGCGACAACCAAGUCGUCAACAUCCAAUACGACUCCGGCGCCACCGUCUCCUUCACCAUGGUCGCCUUCACCUCCCUCAUCUGUGAGCGCCAGACGCGGAUGCAUUUCACGCACGGCGAGAUCGUGGGGAAUAUGAAGACGUUCGAGGUCACGGAUUUCAGGACGGAGGAGACGAGGGUGCAUAAGCCGAAGGACGAGGGCGGAGGACAUGGAGGUGGCGAUGCGGGGCUGGUGAGGACUUUUGUGGAGGCGGUGAGGGAGGGAAAGCAGGAGAUUCUGGGGACGGAUGUGGAGGAGGUUUUGAAGAGCCAUUUGACGGUGUUUGCGGCGGAGGAGAGUCGGAGGCGGGGGGUCGUGGUGGAUGUUGAUGAGUAUGAGAAGGAGGCGAGGUUGAAGUACGCUUAGUGGAUGUAUCUUUUGUGGCAUUGAGUUUUGUUUCUUACUUUCACAAGUACUUGUAUUUUGGGUAUUUUCUGUAAAUAAACUAUGUACUGCGGUCAGGCAAGACCGCAGAGACCGGAAUGAAGUAUGAGUGACAUACGAUCAUGACGACAAAACAAUUCAAAAGACAGCAAAACAAAAUAUCGCUGUACAUUUAGAUAUCAUAAAUCACUUCAGCCAACAAAGGCAACACAUGGGGGCGGGCGAGAUAGGGUGUGGGAGGUAUCACAAAGCGAGAGGUUAGGGUCGUAAAAGUCAAAGCAAGAGGGAAUAGAGGUGUCGCAAAUCGAGAGUAUCGCAAAACAAAAUAUAAAACAAAAAGAAUGAACGCUGAAGAAGCAAUAACCAAGGCGCCGAGCAGGUACAGCGCAAGAAAGCAAGCUUGACAGCAAACAACAUGGACUGCGAAGUCCUAAGUGCCGCGAUCCGACUUCAGAGGCAAGCGUGGCUCCAAAAGUGGAUGGUGGUAUCAAACCAUGACACGGAUCGAGAGAACAUCCGUUCCUCCACUUGACCAAACUAGUCGGCGAGUUCCAGCUCCCGACGAAUCCGCUCUCGUACUUCCCUCAAUCCCCCUCCUUCCUUCUUAACCGUCCUAGGACUCCUCGUCAGUAUCUCCUUUGCGCUAUCGUCCUUGGAUCGAGCACGUCCGGGACUUGGCGGAGUGAUCUUAGAUGGCGAGCUACCCUCCGAGAUCGACACGGAACUGCCAUUACCGCUUUGAGUGGGCGCGGGCAUCUCGAGCCAGUCUUCGCCACCAAUGUCCAUUGACUUAAGGAAGAAGGGGCAUAAUGAGGUAAGAAGGUCGAGUGACUCCUGAGCCUCGGCUGACGAGAUGGGGACGGGGGAGGACUUGACCACUGCAGCUGCAACUUCCGAGCUUGGGAGUGCCUUGCGUUUGCGGGUCGUAGAAGGCGUGGCCCCAGUUCCCACAGGAGACGUGAACAACAUCCAGACGCUGUCCGCUACACUGCCCAAUCGUCCUAAUAAUACACGGCGUCUCUUCUCGUCCUGACCGAGCUUCAUGAACUGUUCCUUGCUCAUGUUACCGCUCUUGCUCGAGGAACCGGUGCUGCUGGUUCCAGACUUGAAAGGACUAGUCGUGAGCGAUUUCUGACGGAUUCGUUCAUACAGAGCAUUCCGACGGGAGCUCGAAGGCGUGGCCGGUGCUGUGUCCGCGUUGGACCCCUUUUGAUGCACAGGUGUGGUAGGCACCGAGGAAUCACCUCGUGUGGGCGACGAGGAUGGGGUACGUUGUGGGGUGAGAAGGCCGGUUUUGAACGGCGAUCGACGAGUGGAGGACGGAGUCUGAGGGAAUGGAAUACUGCUCUUCGAUCCAAAAGCGAGUUUAGACGACGGUGUAAUAGGGAAAGGGAUUGCGAAUGGCUUCUGUGGAGACUUGAGAGGUGACGAGGGGCGUUUGGAUUUCGACGGUGAAGUGGGAGAGGGUGGGGUUGUCAAGAUGGAAGCUUUGGUGGAAGCGGAUGCCUUCGGGGAGGAAGAGGCAAGGAGUCGCGUCAAGUUUGAAGGUUUCGCUGGUAGGAUCAGUUGUGGCAGAUCGGCCAUGUGAAGGUUCGGAACAGUGGUCGCGUCAGGAUGAAGCUCUACCCAUUUGUGCAACUUCUUGAGUACCUCUCGUCGUCUUGGUUCAGCUGCAGCGGUCCAGCGUGCAACAGCAGCCAUACCACUGCCCAUGUCUUUGUCGAGGUCCAUUUCCACUUCGAUACCAAUCCCAUAUGCUGGUACUCGAGAUCCUCCGGACUUGUGGAAAUGCGUCGCUGGACCUACAACGAAGCCCAUGGCACCACGAGACCAAUCCUUUGCUGCUGAUUUCGAAUCCUCGUCCUCUUCUUCCUCUAGGAAAGGAUUCUCAUCUUCGGAUUUACGGGCCUUCGUCACCUUGGCAGGAGACGGGUUUACGCUCUUCCCAUCCCAUUCCCAGAGCCAGCAUAGACGCUUGAGAUCAUCGACAUCGAACUUGGUCGAUAGACCGGCGUACGAGUUCAAUGCAUGGUGAUUAAGAACGUUACGGACUAUGCCAGUGUCCGAGGAAGGCGAGACAGCACAGGUGGCUAGUGCAUGUGAGAGCGCGUGCUGGAGGGCAGUUUGAAUCCUAUACAAGCGAGCGAGGUGUGAUGGGAGAGUGUCUGGACUGGACGAAGCACCAGAGCCUGAGGAGCCCGCAACCCUCUUUGUCUUCGAGCUGAUCGUCCUCGGAGAAGGUAAUGAUGUUCGAAGUCGUUUGGGAGUGACCGUCGACUCGUCCUCAUCGUCGGAGAAAACGCGUUUCUUCCUGGGGGAUACGCGUAAAGCCGUGUAAA